AACGAACGGCUCGCUUUUGUAAAUAUCGCGAGAUUUCACGUCGUGCUAUUGCGUAAUGCGUAAAUUCUCGCGUGGAAUUCUCGCGUAGAAACAAACAACAAACAUGGCGGACGACCACACAGAUGCGGAUCAGAGCAUGGAAGGACACACACCUGUUGCAGAAAAUCCCCAUGCAGAGUACGGGCUGACAGAAAACAUCCAGAGAAUAGUGGAGAGCGAGAAGGCGAACGCUGACAAAGUGCCCAAACAGAAGGUGGAUCUGCAGACGCUACAGACUCUCCCCACACGAGCGUACCUGGAUCAGACCGUGGUGCCCAUCCUGCUUCAGGGCCUCUCGGUGCUCGCCAAGGAGCGGCCUCCAAAUCCCAUCGAGUUUUUAGCGACAUUCCUCCUGAAGAACAAGUCGCAGUUCGAGGACAGGAGUUAAGCUGACGGACGGAUGAAGACGCCGAUCGUCACUUGUUCUGAUGUUUGCCGACUGUUAGUUUUUGUUUUUAUAUUUCUCCUUCACACUUGAUUAAAAAUGUUACAGCAGAAAUACGACACCAA